CAAUUUCAUUUUCAAGUCGCUAUGAAAUUCGUUGUUUAAUUUUGUAAUUAUUUAAUUAAUUUGUGUAUAAAAAGUUGGUGUAUAUUACUGAAGUGUUAUCUAGACUUAGAAUUCUUAGUUAAAGAAAAGUUUCAGACCAGUAAUAUAGAGUUUUCAAACUAUCAUCAUUUAUUAAAUCGAGGGAAAAGUUAUUCAAAAUAUUGCAAAAUGACUUCAGCUCUUUAUUUAGAGCACUACCUUGAUAGUCUUCAGCAUUUACCGAUAGAAUUACAAAGAAACUUUAAAUUAAUGCGAGAUCUUGACGAUAGAGCUCACGGUUUAAUGAGAACAAUCGAUCUUAUGGCUGAUGAAUUAUUACCAAACAUUCCGAAGAUGGACGAGGAAACGAAGAAAGAAAAAGUAAAUACCAUUCAAGGGCUUUUUAAUAAAGCGAAAGAAUACGGCGAUGAUAAAGUGCAGCUAGCAAUUCAAACUUAUGAGUUGGUAGAUAAACACAUACGGCGCCUUGACUCUGACCUCGCGCGAUUUGAGUCCGAAAUACAAGAGAAAGUAAUGAGCUCUAGGGCAGCGCAACAAGCUGCUACAGAACAGGAAGUCACUCCAACAACAGUUAAGAAGGGAAGGAAGAAGAAUAGAAGCAGUGAAAAGUCAGUUGCAACAACAGGAAAGAAAAAACGCGCAGGUGCGUCUAGCGAAGAUGAUGCUGUUGCUAGUGGUAGAUCUGCGGCUAAAAAGAAGGCACAAAAGAAGGGCACUGCGGCAACUGUGAAUCCGGCAAAAGAACCAGAAGAAAAUGCUGAUUUGGAUUCAGUGGCUGGCAUCACUCAUCCUAGCGAUGUGUUGGAUAUGCCCGUCGAUCCCAAUGAGCCAACAUAUUGCCUCUGCCAUCAAGUGUCGUAUGGUGAAAUGAUUGGUUGUGACAACCCAGACUGCCCAAUAGAAUGGUUCCACUUUGCCUGCGUAGACCUUAAGAUUAAACCUAAAGGUAAAUGGUACUGCCCUAAAUGUACACAGGAUAGGAAAAAGAAAUGAUCUACAGUAAAGCCUCCUGCUAAACCCCCAGGUAAAGCUCCAACUAAAGCAAUGGCUGAAAAGACUGUUAAUGUAAAAAUUGAAAUAUAGUGAUUUUAUUAGAUAUUUAUAGAUUAAAUAUAUGGUCCUUCACUAUUAGUAAGUAAAGAGGUUAAAUAAUAUAAAUUUAACUUAUUUUUUAGUAUUAUGUGAUUCAUAAUAAUAUAUAAAUGUACAUAAACUUUAAAAUGUUAGAAAAUAUAAUCAAAUAAUGAUUAAAAUAUUGUUUACAUGCCUACUACAUUCAGUAAACAUUUUUAGGUUACCAAAAGAUAUAAAAUAUGACUUGGACCUGUUACAUUUAUACUCAGAUUUUUAAAUUUGUUGCAAUAGAAAUUGAAGAAAAUUUCAUAAAUGAACUACAUCUACUGUACUUGCAAUUUACAGAACUCUAAAGAAAAGAUAAUAAUUGUUUUAUUAAAAGCAUAAAGAUUACUCCAUACUGCAUUAUUCAACUGUAUUUGAUUAUUUUUUCUAGAAUGGAUUGAUAUACAGUUUAUUAAAAAGCUUUCUACAAAAUUGUUAUGUACAUUGUAAAACUAUUAAAUAAGACACAUGUAUGACGCUCCGAGGCAAUCUUUAAUGUAAGUAAUAUUACAUACCUAUUGUUAUAAAACAGGCUGCCUAUAUUUAAGGACUAAGUAAGAUCUAUAAGUUAUCAUAUAACUGGAAAGACUAAUUUAAUUAACAUUGAUUAUGAUAAGUAGCAAUAAAACAGAAUUUAUAUAAAUUAUGGAAAUAAGCAUAAAUUAUAACAUUUAUCCUUAAGAUAAUUGAAAAAUAAAUUAAAUAUAUAUAUAUAUAUAUGUAUUACAAGCAACACAACAAUUCUGGUCUUGAUUUCAAUAUUCAAAUUAAAAUUGUGUAUCUUGUUAAAUUAAAUCAAUAUUGUAAAUCGUCUUACUACAAUGUGCUCAAAGUAGGUAAGUACAUAUUUGUAUUUUCUAUUUGGACACUUAUUAAAAUUGUGGGCAACACUGCAGUGCCAUAAAUAUGUAAAUUUUGAAUUAAAUUUAAUCAAACUGCUGACGCUCAGAUUAAUAUUGCCUUUUUGUGUGUCAUUGGAUUUACUGGAGAGAUUUUAAUGGACUAUGUAUAAGUAUGAAAAACUUUGUUAAUAAAGAAUUGUUUUUGACAAUACAAAUUUAAUAUACUCAAAUUACAAUACCUAAAUGACAAUUUUCAUUGAUUUAUUAACUAUUUCAGACUGGAAAAAAAUAAAUAUAAUUGUUUUUUUGUGAUACAAUUUUUUUUUUAUUUCAAAUAUUUUGUAUUUUAUUGUGUACUCAAAUUAUGCUUGGUCCAUUUAUAUUUCUUUUGAAAACUGUGAAAAAGUUUAUGUUAUAAAUUUGUAUCCAAAUAGUUGGAAAAAGAAAUAUGAACCCUUUAUAAUCAUCAUAGUCCAUAGACAUGUUUCAAUCUUUAUUUUAUCUUAAAUAAUAAAUCCAAUACAACCUUUAACAAUGUAACAAAUGUUUUUUACUUGUUCUUUCACAUUUUCUUUUCAUUUCUGACACUACUAAUAUUGUACUUAGUUUAACUAUGUAACAUUUCAAACCAAAAAUUGUAUAAAUUUCGGUUACAUAAUUCUGCAUUACCAAUUAACAUGAUUAUUUCAGUUAUUUGAAAUCUUUAUUGUUUUAUAAUUUCUAAGAAUGUGUUGUUUUAUUAUUUGCAUAUAAAUGAGGUUUAUUUUUA